UUAUAUUUUACCCUUUUUUGAUGUAAUAUUUUUUUAAUUUUAUAAAUUUUAAACUAAAAUUUAAAUUGUGCGGAAUAAUUUGAAAAUGUGCAAAAAUUCUAAAAUAUAUAAAUUCUAAAAUAUAUAAAUUAUAAAAUAUAUAAAUUGUAAAAUAUAUAAAUUGUAAAAUAUAUAAAUUGUAAAUUAUGUAAUUUGUGGAAAAUGUGAUAAAUGAGUUUGUCAUCUGAAACGCAGUAUUUUUUUGACUUGACAGACAGGCAGUGGUGGGUUUUGGGUCCGUCAAGCGAUGACUGGGAGGAGCUCUCAAAUGAGGAAGCCUACAAACUUGGCCUUUUUAAAGCUGUUUUAACUCAAAAUUGUAACUUUAUUGACGCUGAUAUUGAGCAAUACAAUUCAGUUACUUCUCAACUGAUUAAGGAUUUGGAGACUAAAUUUUCACUCAAUGACUCUUCUGAAGGCGCGAAAUUAGUUGAAAAUAAGUCAAAUUCCGCCGUUACCAAAGUCUUGUCUAAAGACUUCUCAAAUCUUGAACCUCAAAAUUUGGCACACAAUUCCAAAUCAGACCCAAAUCUCAACAAGUCAAAACAAAAUAUCACGAAUUCAGAACAAAAUAUCACGAAUUCAGACCAGAAUAACAAUAAUUUGGACCAGAAUCUCACCAAUUCAGACCAGAAUAUCAAUAAUUUGGAUCAAAAAGUGGCUGAGGGAUCUAAGUUAUUGAGUCAAAUAAAUAACUUAAUAGCGAGCACGUCAGAAAUGAAGCAGAAGUGUGAGGCCAGAGAGAUGAGUGGCAGAAGUACUCCAAAUUUAAGAAGCACAGCAAGGCAUUUGACAUAUGUAAACAACGGCGGACUUGCUGGUUGCCUUAAGACCGUGGCGGAGGAGAGGAAGAAAAUGGGCCAAUCUAAGAAAUCAGCACAGAAAACCCAGAAUCCACAGCUUCAAGAAAUGAUUCAAAGAGCCAAAGCAAUGGCCGCAAAAACGAUGGACGAUGCCAAGGAUUCCGAAGCCAUGAAAUCUGAUAAAAAUCAACCCAAAAAACCACUCAGAACCAGAGGCAAAAAAUACACAACUGUCUUUGGAGCGAACGCGAUGAAGGAUUUGAGUCAGAAAUUGCCGGAUGUGACAUUUGAAGGUUCAUCAGAUGAGGAAUCAGAUUCUUAA